AUGUUCCGACGCCUGAACUGCCUCACCUCGGGCUCCGACACGACGGUCCGCUCCUCCGUCCAUUUCCUGGAAAGACUGAAAGGCCUGCAAAUUAACACAGACGAGGUCAUGGUGUCGUUCGAUGUAACCUCGCUUUUCACCUCGAUCCCAAAGGACUUGGCAGUCGAAACUGUCAGCGACCUCCUCGACAGCCAAUACACGGAGGCAAACAAUACCCCUAGGAGGGAGCAUCUGGUGCAACUGCUUAAAUACUGUCUCCAAACGUUCUUCACAUUUGAAGGGACUGUGUACGAACAAAUCAAAGGUACACCGAUGGGCUCACCACUAUCCGGUUUCAUCUCUGAAGCUGUUCUUCAAAAGUUGGAGACGUUAGUGUUCGCAACAUAUAAGCCAAAAUUUUGGGCGCGGUAUGUGGACGACACUUUCGUCGUUCUCAAACGGGAAAUGGUCUCGAAGUUCCACGCGCCACUGAACUCUGUUCUUCCCGAUAUUCAAUUCACCAUGGAGACAGAGAACAACAAUCAGAUCGCGUUUCUAGACGCUCUGGUCCAUCGCAAGGUCAACGGGAGCCUGAAAACCACGGUCUACAGGAAGGCCACUAACACUCGCCAAAUCCUUUCCUACCACAGCAAUCACCCGCUGUGUCACAAACGAAGCUGUGUUCGAUCUCUCUACAGGAGAGCUGACACUCACUGCAGCGAACCGACCGACAAGGUAGCCGAACUCCACUAUCUACGGCGGAUGUUCACCUCCAACGGUUACCCUCGCAGCUUCAUAGAACGCAGCAGACAGUCCAGACCAACCGUAAAGUCAACGGCAAAUCAGCCGAAAGUCUGGCGAGCGCUGCCAUUUAUUGCGAACGUUUCCGAGGCAGUUGCUCGUAUCUUGCAUCCAUUGGGUAUCGGCAUCGCCCACAAACCCGAAGCGACAAUUAGACUUUUUGGUCAUGAGACCAAAAACGCCUCUGCCACGAGGCGAAACUGCCAACGUCGUCUACCGGAUCCCGUGUAG